AUGAGGAAGCAAUUGCUGUCCAUUUCAGCAGAAAGAGUGAGGAGUGCGCAUGCUCCAAGAUGGGUCGGUUCAGACAAGAGAAUACACAUCACUCUGAAUAGAACUACUAGUACUGGUACUGGUAGUCGUAGUACUAGUAAUAGUAUUCGAAAUAGACGAGUUCAGCUUCGACCCGGAUUUCAAGUCCAACAACCGCAAAGGAUACCAAAUCAAGGAGAUCAAGGUCAAGCUGAACCAGUUGAACAAUCCAGUACUAUUCCUGAGGAUACUAGUAAUGUGGAUCAAUGGAUUCAGGUGAACUGCAGUUCUGAUAUUCAGGUGUUUACGUCCUUCUUGAAUGUGACUCUCUUGCAAAAAUGGUACAACGGUACUACAUCUACAAGUACUAGUACUAGUACUAAUACUACAAGAAGUAAGAGUAGCAAGAGUAUACCGGUACAGAGCCCCUUGUCAGACCAAGCUCACACCCAUGCCAGUGUAUUGGAGUCUACUCUUCAAACCAUCUACAAUGCUCUCAGUGUUCAGCAGUGUGAUUCUUACUUCAGACAAGUCCUCAAUGUCUCCAUGUUGGGAACCAAUCAAGUCCAUACCAGUAGUACACAUCAAGUCAAUGCAACCAGAACUGUGGUGGGAGGACCUGGUGGCUUUGGUAUCCUCAGCAACAAUACAAGAGAAAAUACACAAGCCAACAACAACAACAGCAGUAACCUUCCUGUGAGUACUGCCAACUCGGCUCUCUUUCAAGUCACCGGAGUUUGCAGAGGUUGUCGUGUCACACCCACGGGAUCCUUUAACCUCUUUGACGAUGGCUUUCGGCUUGCACUGGGACUCUUCCCCUUUCUAGACAAUAAUGCCACAACAAACGCUACAAACCACACACUCUUCACGCCCGGUCAGUGCUUUUGUAAAGUUCCUUCAUCACAAUCUACACUACAAAUACACGAAGACAACAACCAGCAUAACCAAACACUCCUAAACCUGGUCAAUCAACAACUCGUACAAACAACCAUAACACCCGCACCCACGAUGGCACCGGUCCAUCAUGUACGGCCAACCCACAGUGGAGACUCGGAAACGCAAGGAUUCACGGGUGGCAUUCAUUUGGGCUCACUCGUAGAGACCACGCAUGCACAAGUACAGGAAGAAACGCAAAUGCCAUCGUUCAUGCCCACUCAAGUACCUACCAGUCCUCCGUCCACCGACAGCGGCGGAAGCCCCGACUUUUGGUUCAAUCUGUUUCCUGCCGAUUUGAUGGUCGAAAACCAAGAAGAAUCCAUACCCAACCAACCAACGCAGCCCACGAAUCAUCUUCCGCCGACUACCCAGAGUCCGUUCUACACGACGAGUCCGUUCUAUGACAGAAUAACCGACGCUCCUGCCUCCUCUUCCUCGUCGGUAGUAGAAGAAGACAAUACCAUCCUUGGCUUUGGUCCUCAAAGACCCCUGGUGGGAGGAGCGAGCAAUCUAGAACAAGAUGUCACCACGCCAGCACCGACCGGUCCGUUUCGAUUUCAGCAACUCCCGUUUCAAGGCAACAAUCCGAGGCCCACGGAAAGCAGCAGCAACAACGUCGACAAUGACGGCAGUCCGAAUGAUUCGGCAUUGUUGCCGUUUCGUCUUCCCAAUAGAGGAGACGCCGUGUUUGUGGGAGAUGCAUCGUCGUCAUCAUCCGCGACACCAAGUCCUGCCGCUACGCUCCCCCCAACCAUGCAAGUUUCGGUUGUCGAAACAACCAUAGACGACGUAGAGGGUGAGGAGGAGGAGGAUGUUGCCAUGGGUGCAUCACCGUCGCCUACGAUAACGAAUUCUUAUGCCAUGGCACCGGAUGGGGGUUGGCCGAGAUGA